GUCAAUCUCGUGUUUUCUCACCGAUUUGUGAGCAAAGAGAGAGACAUCGAGAGAAGUUGAUCGUGUAUUGUCAGUAAACAAGAGAACGAGAGAGAAAGAGAUAGACGGAGAUCUGGUGAGAGCCGUUGUCUUGGCCAGUCUUGGCAUAAUAGAUCAAUCAUAUGGCGAGAGAAAGAGAGAGAGAGAGAGGAGAGGGAGAGAACAGCAAGUCGUCAUAGAUUCCACAUCGCAAUUCCGUUUUCCAUUCCAUUCCGGCUCGUCUGCACUUUUCUACACUUGUCGCGAGUAAAAUUAAAUAUCUGUUUGUCUGAUUAGACUGUCAGUGCGGAGUACACGAGGCCUCUAGGAAAGUGGAGAGAGGUGCAGCCGAGAGGAAUCAGAUCACCGGAGUCAUUCGUUAGUUAACAUACACGGAGCAUAGUCGACGUCACGUAAUCGCAGCUAUAAAUAUGUUUAUUUGGGAUUGGUUCGCUGGAGUGCUGAAUUAUCUCGGACUGUGGAAGAAGAGUGGCAAGCUUCUCUUCCUAGGUUUGGAUAAUGCAGGCAAAACUACAUUGCUUCAUAUGCUCAAAGAUGAUCGUUUAGCUCAACAUGUACCUACAUUACAUCCAACAUCUGAAGAAUUGUCUAUUGGAAAUAUGAGAUUUACAACUUUUGAUCUUGGUGGUCAUACUCAAGCACGUCGCGUAUGGAAGGACUAUUUCCCAGCUGUCGAUGCAAUAGUGUUCCUCGUUGACGCAAGUGAUAGAACAAGAUUACCAGAAUCAAAAACUGAGCUGGAUGCAUUGUUAACUGAUGAGCAACUCAGCGUGUGUCCGGUUCUCGUGCUAGGCAAUAAAAUUGACAAACCAUCCGCGGCUUCUGAAGAUGAACUUCGAAACUUCUUUAAUCUGUAUGGACAAACAACAGGAAAGGGUAAAGUUGCUCGCAACGAGAUACCCGGCCGUCCGCUGGAACUAUUUAUGUGCUCGGUUCUGAAGCGACAGGGAUACGGGGAAGGCUUCCGUUGGCUUGCGCAGUACAUCGAUUGAACGGACAUAUUAUUAUACUUGACAGAUUCAUCAUUUUCCUUUCCUAUGGUACUGGUAACACUACCGGAAUCUUCACAUGAAUUCAACAAUAGGAGAGGAAACAUCGUUCAUCGAAAAAGAAAAAAGAACAAGCAGUAACCGAAAUUUAAGACAAUUUUCAUAAAUAGAGACAUGAGACGAAUAUUCUCGAGAAUUUACGCGCAAGGGAUAGGACAGAUUUCCUUUCUUUGACGUUGGUAUUCACGAGUCCAUAAACGUCAUCUUUUUUCAAAUACUUGAAAUCGUAUACAGAUUCUAUGGAAGCCUAUCACUUUGCGAGUCACAUUAAAGGAAUGAUCAUUAAUACGUGCUGAAGAAUGAAAUAAAAACAUUUUGAUAAAAUAAAACUAAUAAAAACUAUUUAAGAAUUCCAAA